CCGGGAUUGCGACGGGGACGAGGAUACGGCCUGUUGUGCGGCAUGGUGGUUUGCCCACGGGGGAGCCCACACAGAGUUGAGUGCCAUCGCUAUCCGUGUGAUGCAUAUGCGGACGUCCGCCUCUCCUGCUGAGAGGAAUUGGGCAGAGCACGAGCGCAUUCAGAUGGCGAAGCACAACAAGCUUGGUUUUGCCAAGCUGGCACAACUGGUCGAGAUUACGAGUAAUCUCAAACUGGAUUCAUGCAGGCAGCACAGUGGUGGGUAUGUCAUGUCGUGGAUCAUGGACAGUCACGAGGACCAGAGACCUCGUGAGGCCACUGGCAAGGAUGAAGAGGACGACGGCCCGGAGCCGGCGGCAUGGGGGGUCAGAGCAAUUGGGACCUUCGGCGAUGUUGAGCAGAGGAGGCAGAUUGAUGUCUUCGUAUGUGACGGCACAUCCCCUUCGCGAGAGGUGUCGGUUGUUUAUGGGCAGAGGGAAGCCACAUUGCUGCAUUACGACCAUGUGCCUCCUCCCGCAAAGGACGCCACUGUUCAGGAUGCACAGGCUGGGGAGGUCGACUGGACAGACCCGGAGAACCUUGCGCCGGGAGGGACAGGACCGAAGAGCAGCGGAGAGGACGAGCCUGACACGAAGGAGCGUCUGACGGAUGCACGGUUUGAUCCCAACCACCACUCGUUCGUGCAGUCACAGGAGCUGCGUCGAUCGGGGAGGUUGGCUGGGCAGGGCGGUGCGCACUCGCAACACCUUGACGACAUCCCAUUGGGGAGCGGACUCUGGUCACUCCUCCACACGGUUGUGAUCAGUGCGGAUGUUGUUGUGGAGGAGGAGGCAGGGUUGCGCACUGAUCGUGCGGUUGGUGAGAGUUUUCCGCGACACAGUCCUGUUAUGGAGGGUGAAGUCCACAUUGGCGACGAGGAUCAGUUGUCCCCACCACGGGACGUAGAGGGGGACAUAUCCCUCGCGUUGAUUGUGAGGCCCCCGUCGACUUUUUACACCGAUGACGGUAUCACGGGUUGCCGCAUGGAUGACAGGCCGGGGGGGUCCACUACAACCGUUCUUGAUCCAGAGGAGCUGGAGCGCACGAAGAUGGAGGACCCUUACAAUCACACAAGUCGGAGGAGCGAUCCCCGCCGACCAACAGAUGGAUUCGUGUCGCCCCCGAGAUGGUUUUCCCGACCCCAGGCGCGGUUGAUGAUAGACGUCGAGGAUUGCCUUUGCACGUCGGGCGAGGAGGGCGAUUUACAUGUGCCAGCAGGGGCGCGACGUCAUGGCUCGCUCAGUGGACUGGACAAUCAGAUCGCUGCCGAGCGUCAGCGUUUGGACGACUUGGUUCGGGAGCGUGACGGGCUGGCGGAGACGGAGGGACACAGGGAUGAGGCGGACACGGCGACAAAGCCCAUCGAUGUUGUCGGGCAGAGGGAGAGGGCUAGGAGAGCGGCGGCGGCUGCUGCUGCCAGGGCUGCCACAACAGCCUCAGUAGGGCAUCCGGACGACGCACCUCGACACGAAGAGAGAGUGACACGUAGGCGGGGAGAGAGUGCACCUUUUGCGAGCGGAUCAGACGCAUCACAUCACGAGACUCGUGCGAGGCGUAGCGGGAGGAGUUAGACACUUGCCUUGCCAGGGCACUUGGUUCUUCAGUCUUCAUUGACUCAUCUCCCGUCUAUGUGCUCAUGAAACCCUCUCCCUCGAUCUACCCAACAUGCUCUUGUAUGCCAUUGUAUGGUGCUUAAUCGUGGUGUGUGACAUUGUGUGACAUUGUGUGUGUUGUUGUGUGACAUUGCUUGAUGGUGCUUACAAUGGACCCUCGCACCCGAUGACACCCUUUGACAACCUUGGCAAGGGCCCCCCCCACCCUCCACAGAGUCCCCUCCCCCAAUGGCCCCUUGAAGGCUUGAAAACAUAUUUUUGAAAAUGACUCCACAAAUGAAGUCCAAACUACAAG